AUGGCUGGAAGAAAGAGAGCACUCGAGCCUGCCGUUGAUGGCGGGCCUGCUACUGCGACAAGCACCCGUCGUAAGCGCGCUCGCAAAAAGGUGGUCAACGACAAAUCUCUGCUGCUGAAGCUCCCCGGAGAGUUGAGAAACCGCAUCUACGAGUUCAUCAUGGAAGACGUGAAAGAGUACAAGAAGGGCAAGACUUCAAAAGCACCGAAACGUCGAGGAGGUGGUCCGUCUACGAAGUUCGACAACGAUGCGCCGAUUCGCCUCAAGUACACAUCUGUCAAAUCUCACAAGCGCUUCAAGACAGCUAAGCAAUGGGCUGCCGCGCACGAACGUCGCCCUUACUUCGGUUUGACUCAAGCCUGUCGUAUGCUGCGCGAAGAAUUUCGUCCGCUAUACAUGAGUGAGCUCGGGUUCUGUAUCGAUCUGCACGUUGGCGAGUACCUUUUGGCGCUUGGAUCCAAUGAAGAAGAGCAGAACAUCGGUCAGUCUAUUGCGGACAUCAUGCGAGCUCCACUUUCGGACGAUGGGGCGGACUUGCUUCCUUUCUUGAAAACGCUCCAUGGACUGAAGCAACCUCGACUGGACAAGUCCUGCGUAUUCUCUCGGGGACGGCAAUGCUGGGACCGCGACUGUGUAUUUGCCAUACUUUGUCACUCUUGGCAAAGGGAUACAGAUGGUCUUGCUGAAGCAAAAACUGGUAUCACCAAGAUCACCUUCGUCAAGCGCCCGGAUUGCUAUAACUUGUCGAACGGCAGACCGAUGCUGGUUCUGGAUUUGGACUCAAAGUUCUUCAUGUCGCGAACCCGAAAGGUCAUGGAUGUCCAUAUGAGGACGUUGAUCUCUCGUUUCGAUCUGGGAGAUCUCCAUACGAUGAUCACACGGUUUCGUUGCGGGGGUGAGAGCUUCACGUACACCACCGAUGCGCAUAGCUACUGGGGGGAUCGCCUAUCGCGAGGAGUCGAGCUAGUCCGUGACUGA